AGAGGGUGGUGUGUUGAUGUUGAUGUCAGCAUGGAGGGAGUUGAGGAUCAGCCUGCUGGGUCUUCUGUUGGGAUGACAGCUGAUCCCGCCGUGGCGUAGAUGACCAUCGGGAUCGGAUCAACUGCGGCGUGUGAUCCGAGUAAUGACAGGCCUAAUCCGAUGUUUGUUUUCUAAGCAACGUUGAACGAUACAACGUUAAUGGCAGAAGGGAAAAGCACACGAGCAUCCACUGGAUAGUGAAAGUUCCCUUGCUGUCGGUUUUUAGUCGAGUCUUUUCAGCAAAGCUGUCUAACCGCAUUGAGGGCGUUUGCGGUCUCGCAGGUGAUGAGUGAACAUGGAGGCUGGAUCGGUGGUACGUGCCGUGUUUGAGUUCCUCCCCAGCGUCUCUGAAGAACUCCCUCUGUUUACUGGAGAUGUCAUUGAAGUGCUCAGUGUUGUUGAUGAAUUUUGGCUGCUCGGAAUCAAAGAUGGAGUCACAGGCCAGUUUCCCAGCACUUUUGUGGAACCUGUUACAAUCCCAAGCACCAAGACAGGAGAGAAUCUGUAUGUGUGCAUCAAUGACUUUAACUCUGUGGAAGCUGGAAACUUACCACUAAAGAGAGGUGAUGUAGUUGCUGCUGAAGGCAGUGUGGAUGCUGUGUGGAUAAGAGGGCAUAAUGCAUGGGGCUCACGUGGGAUCUUCCCUUUGUCUUGCGUUAAAGAGCUGGAGCUUUCUGGUCGUUCCAGGCAGCUGUCAGAGCGUAGUGCAGCCGCCCAGGCCUCUGAGCUCCCCCCACAUGCACUGGGCCAGGCCCGUGCCCUCAUGAGCCUUCACGCCCAGCUGGACGAGGAGCUAGACUUUCGAGAGGGUGAUGUCAUCACCAUCAUAGGCCUGCCAGAACCUGGCUGGUUCCAGGGAGAGCUGUCCGGCAGGACGGGAGUUUUCCCUGAGGGCUUUGUGGAGUUGCUCGGACCCCUUCGCUCACCUCUGGAGGAGCCUGAACCUCAGACCCUGGAACAGUAUCCUGCUUACAGCAUGGAAGAAGAAGAGAAGAGGGAGGAGGAAGAGCGGGAUGAGGAAAUUCCAGAAAUGGAGAUUCAACAACAGCAAGAGGAAGAGGAGGAGGAGGAAGAAGAGGGAGCUGUAUACGGUAUCGCUCUUUAUGAGUUCCGGGCCCUUGAGCCAGGUGAGCUGGACUUUGAUGUCGGUGAUAGGAUUCGAAUCCUCGCUACGCUGGAGGAUGGGUGGUUAGAGGGGCAAAUACGUGGCAGAAGAGGAGUUUUUCCCCAUCGAUUUGUCAAAAUGGAUGGGCAGCUGCAAAUCGUCCCACAAACUGAGACUUUAACAAGUGAAAUUAGUGUACCUGAGAAAGAAGAAGAACGUUACACUCCCGAUUAUACCUCAGUUCAACAAGAUCGCUCGGUUCCAGAAUAUGAGCAAGAGUGGACUACCCAGGAAGACCACACAGUGUGGGACCUGGAUUACUUUGAGCGCCGGGAGGAGGAAAGAAAGGAUGACCACGUGCGCUACAUGCACUCCGAUCAAAGUUCUCAAGAGAGAGGAACGACUGCAAGUCAAUCACAGGUUCAGUCACAAGAAAGAAGGCGAGAAAGACCCCCACCCCCUCACACGCAACCCCACAGAGCGAGUAGCUCAGCCCACAGAGGAGUUCGAAGGACCAGAAUGGGCAGCCCCAAUCUGGGUAGACCCCAGCUGCCCCCCAGGCCAAGCCUUCAUGCUCUCAGCAACCGGCAAUACAGCAACGGUUCUCACACCAGUUUACGAGAACCUCCCCCAGCACCCAUCACGAGGAACCAGAGUCUUAAUCUUCCUGCCAGAACCUCACCUAUUUCCACCUGGACAAGAAACAAUGGUAGCUAUGCCUCUCAUGACAGCAGAAACCCCUUCAGCAGUAAAACCUCUGGUGAGAAGAACAGGCAGAAAAAGCUAACUCGACACGCAAGCGUCAAUGAUUCGGACCUAAUAUCCGGUGGCCGCAGCGACCACAGGGCAUGGUCUCAAGGACAGGGUUCAAAUGGGUUACCGACAUCUCAGACAAUGGGAAUUUUGGCUGUGUCAGCUGGGGAUCUUGAAGCCAAGCUUUCUGAGCAACUGAUAGAAUUCGAAAGGAGCUUGCCGGUUCGUGGCAAUGGAGCCACGGAACAGAGCCGAUGGGAGGAGGUUAGUGGAGGAUGGGGCAACAAAGUUUCCCGUCACUUCUCCAUUAUGGACUACAGCGAUGAGAAUGAUAUAAUCCGUGGCUCCUCCCACUCUUCGAUGGAACGCCUGUUACCCGCCACUUCCUCUCCCUCUGGCUCCGCCUCCUCCUCUUUGGAAAGACGGAAAACGCUACGCCCACCUCCUCCUCGACCUCGGGUCCUUAGGCCACCAGCACCUACAAACUCGCAUUGUCCUCAGACCAAUGGUCGUAUUGCUCCUCAGCCAUACAGACCCGCACGUCCAGCGCCACGGCCACCUCCUCCGUGCCCACGCACCAACCCUCGCCCCCCUCCAGCAGUUUCCAAUCCAUUCUGCAACUCGCCAGAAGAGGAAGAGACUGUUGAAGAGGUGGAAGAGGCAGAGGAUGCUCUGGAGACAGAGAAAGAGAUGGAGAGAGAAAGAGAGAGGGAACAGGAGCAAUACAGUUUGCUCCUGAGGUUGGAGGAGGUGGAAAGAGACAUUGAUAUGUAUUCUCACACAGCCCAGGAGCUGCAGGCCAUGCUGGAAGAAGAGCAGGAUGAGACUUCGAGACAACAGGCUCUGGAGAAUCUGGAAUUCUGCACCUACACCAUGGAGACACUAACCCUGGAACAGCAGCAGCUGCAAGAGAUGACCCUGCUCGCCUCCCAGCCAAAGUCUCUGGAAUCAUCCCCGGCAUCAGCAGCCACCGCUGAAGACCCUGAACAAAGGAUGCUGGAGAAAAGAUUGAAGGUCAUCGAGGAGCUUCUGCAGACAGAACAUGACUACAUCAAGGAUCUUCAGAUGUGUGUGAAGGAGAUCAUUCUGCCUUUGCAGAAGAAACAGGUCCAGAAUAUUGAUUUUGAUGGUCUCUUUGGAAACAUCAACUCUGUUAUUGACCUUUCCCGUCGACUCUACAAGACCCUCCAGGACACUGACUCAAUAGGUCAAGUGUUCCUGGACUACAAAGGUGAGUUGGAGGAGGUUUACAAGAUCUAUUGCCAAAAUCAUGACGACGCCAUCUCUUUACUGGAGACCUAUGAGAAGGAUGAGAACAUCCAGAAGCACGUAUUGGAAUGUCUAGAGAAGCUCAGAGGGAUAUACCGUGAGUGGGGAAAGACAAACUACAUUAAUCUGGGUUCCUUCUUGAUAAAGCCAGUUCAGAGAGUGAUGCGUUACCCCCUGCUCCUGAUGGAACUACUCAACACCACUUCAGAGUCACACCACGACAGGAAGCAGCUCGCCGAGGCUGUGGUGUCAAUCAAAGAGAUCAACGUCAAUAUCAAUGAAUACAAAAGGAGAAAGGAUCUUGUGGUGAAGUACCGCAAAGGCGAUGAAGACAGGCUCAUUGACAAGAUCUCAAAGCUGAGUAUGCACUCCAUCAUCAAGAAGUCAAACAGAGUGAGCAGCCAUUUAAAGCACCUGACUGGGUUCUCACCUCAGAUCAAAGAUGAAGCUUUUGAUGAAGCAGAGAAAAGAUUCAGACUUCAGGAGAGACUCAUCAAAUCCUUCAUCAGGAACAUCUCCCUCUAUCUGCAGCAUAUAAGGGAGUCAGCCUCAGUAAAGGUGCUGGCAGCCAUCAGUUUCUGUGACAUCUACACAGAGCGGCAACAGCAAAUGGAUCCUGAACGUUUCCAAAGAGCGCAUCGAUGCAUCAGCGACAAAGAGUUCACGGAGUUUAAGGAGAGGACAGAAGACCUAGUCAUCACUCCCCUCAACCAGCUGCUCAGUAUGUUCGCCGGUCCCCACAAACUGAUCCAGAAACGUAGAGACAAGCUGCUGGACUACGACAACUGUAAGGAGCGUGCAGAGAGGCUGAAGGACAAGCGCGUGCAGGAGGAGCUGCAGGCGGCGAGGAAUAACUACGAAGCAUUGAACGCCCAGCUGCUGGAUGAGCUGCCCAAGUUUCACAGCGCGGCAGAAGAUCUGUUCACCAGCUGUGUGAGGAGCUUCGCCCAAGCCCAGAGAGAUUUCGUUUCACUCACGCUGGGUGAACUCACACCACUACUGCAGCUAUCUGGUUUUGGUGGCACAGAGGGAAAUCUGGUGUCCUUGUUCCAAGAAGAGCACACACGAGUGUUGGAUUUACUUCAGAGCUUCAGUUUCUUUCCCGAUAAUCUUCCCACUACUGUACGCAAGCCUUUUGAGAAGAAGACUCUGGAGAAGCAGAACACCAAGAAGCAACAAGGCCCUCCAAACUAUGUACUACAGACGGAUGAGCACCGAGCGGGGCUUCUGGCAAGAUACGUCCCAGAGAAACUCUUCCAGGCUGAAAGAAAUUUUAACGCAGCACAGGACCUGGAUGUGUCUGUACUGGAGGGAGACAUAGUGGGUGUCAUCAAGCAGCAAGACCCCAUGGGCAGCCAGAACCGCUGGCUAAUAGACAAUGGAGUUACGAAGGGCUUUGUAUACAGCUCCUUCUUAAAGCCCUACAAUCCACGCAGGAGUCAGUCGGAUGUUUCCAUUGAGAGCCAAUCAUCAAACGAGUCGGGCUACGGUGGCUCUUCUCCCAUGUUCUCGCGGCAGAAUAGUAACAGCACUCUGACUUUCAACCAGGACACAUCGACCGUCAGCUUCUCAACGGCGGCGGCGACAGCUCCACUCCAAUCACACACUCGCCCUAAUCAGGAGACCACCCCAAGGAAAAACAGAGAGGCUUCCUCAACCAACUACUCCUCCGCCAAUCAGAGGGAUUCCCUUGACCCUACCUACAGAAAUUUGCCCAAUCUCAAAGAACUGUCAGAGACAGCCAGUCGAAAUAACAGGGAACUCUCAGAGCCUUCAUACCGAAAACCCACCAAUCACAGAGACUCUUUAGACUCUGAUCAAAACACUCCUACCAAUCACAGAGAUCUCCCAGACUUCUCUGAGACCGAUUCUUGUUCCUCCAUUAAGAAUUCUAAGAACUCCAGGUAUGAAUCAUCUUCAAGGUAUCACGACUCGCGCGGCUCACAGCAAAAACAAAAUGGAGACUAUUCGGAACAGCAGAGAAGAACACAGCACCCUCCUGAGGAGUAUGUAGAUCCAGAGCCUGAACCUGAGAUUGAUGGACACCAGAUAUAUUACGCUCUUUACUCCUUCAGUGCACGGUGUGCAAAUGAGCUCAGCAUUUCAGCCAAUCAGCGGGUCCGAAUCCUUGAGUUCCAGGACAUGAAUGGCAACCAGGAGUGGUGGCUGGGGGAGGCAGGAGGACGGAGGGGUUACGUCCCAUCCAACUACAUUCGCAAAUCUGAGUACACAUGAGCUGCACAUUUGUACAAGGGAAAUCCCCAAAAGUACCCUAGACCACUACAGGUCAACUCAUUAAAGGGGAAAACACUACAAAAAGGACAUUAUUGUGCCUUAACUAUAGAGGAGAUGCACUGACGUGGUGAACUGGUCAUUGCUACUGAUACCCUUCAUAUUGAUUUCAAUAUAUAGUCCACAAAUGAAUGUAACUCCUGAGCGCCUCCUAGUGCUCAUAGAGCAUGGUGCAUGUGGAAAUUUAAAUAAUGGAGUGAAAAAAGAUUUUUUUUCUGAGAAGCAGUUCAAUGUCGGAUUCAAUGGUCUGACAUGUUCUGCUGUUCUCGGAUAUUCCAUUUAUAGUGUUAGCGCUUAAGUGCUCCGUAGAGAGCAUAGAUCUCAUUUGAUGUGUAGGAGUGGAGUGGAGGAUUUGUUUUGGGCAUGUGCGAUUCACACUGGAAGGAAAUUAUGGGAUUGAUAUUCCAGGACUGGCGUGAUAGUGAUGCUCGUAAGUAAGUGUGCGAGAGAGAGUGAGUGAGUGUGUGUUUGUUUGCCAGUAAGAAACGUAUUUGUUUGAGUGUGUGCUGUGUUUUGAGAAGUUGCCUCCCUUCAACUGACAAUCGUGCACCUAGAAAAGAGAAAAACAAUUCUGUUGGGUAUUAAUGAAUGCGAACAAAACCAUUUAUGUGAAGUGUUUUGAUUUACUCCCUAUUGUGGCUCCCAGAAGAUAACAAUAUUACCACUGGUGACCAUGUCAUAUUCCUGAAAAUAUGAAUGAAAUGCAAGAGACACUUUUUUAUGGUACAGUGUUUUUUUUAUUUACCUUUUUACUUUUUGAUAGCAUUGUUAACUUUGCCACUUGCACUUGAAUGCAUUUACAAGUUAAUACUGACAUGUUUUGAGCAGUUGUGAGUUCAAGGCACCAGUGAGCUCAUUUGAUGUGAUGCACCAACAGAUGAUCUCUGAAUAUUUAUCUCUCAUGCUGUAUAUACUGAGAAUGAACUUCUGCACUCCAGUGUCAACUGAUCUUGUUUCUCCUCUUUUAAAUAAAAAUCAGUUGAAAAACAA